AUGGACGCUACAGAACCGUCGCUGCCCGCGGAGGCCACCGCGCCAGCGGCGGAAACCCUUCCGGAAAAGGAGGAGGGACACGUGACUCCUCCGAGGUCUCCUGUGGCGGCUGCCACGGCGACGGGCGACGAAGAGGAGGUCUUUCUGACACACGCCGCUGACGCCGUAUCUCCGUUUGCUGCCCUGACGAUGGAGACCCUCUUCGGCCCUGCCUUUCGCGUAGGCGAGGACGAUCGCAAAGCGCUGAAGGACCCGGCGCUGAUUGACACCCGUGCGAUCCUGCAGGAGCUCUUCGGUCCCGCGGUUCGCGAGGACGACGUUGACCUCUUCGUGGAGGAGCGCUACGGUGCUGAGAAUGUUGCGAAAGAGAUGCGCACCAACAAGGAGUUGCUAGUGUACGCGGAAGGCGAGCGUUACUUUGGCGCCGCUAGCGCGCAGGUCCUGCGCAGCGACGAGCACGUUCCUUUCACGUUGCUCGAGAGCACCUUGCCGCCGGUGUGGUCCGAGGAGCAAGGGCGGUCCUCGACGCCCGCGUGGCUGCUCGAAAUGCCGGCAAUUUACCCCAAUCGUCAGACCUUGCACGCUGACCCGCGCCCCUGCGACCCGUCGACGUGCGACUACCUCGAGAGUAACAAAUACGUCCUCUACACGCCGAGCAACGUGCUGCGGUGGACGGUAGAGGGCCCCACCUGCAGCAGCAACGGUCGAGUGGUGCGGUGGAGUGACGGGUCUGUCACAUUGCACGUGGGCGGUGACGUCCUCGCCCUGACGCCCUCGCAAGAGCCCACACUGCACUUGCUGGGCGAGCCACUCGAGGUGGGCAAGGCGGGCAUGGAGAUCGACGCGAUGAUCGGCGCCAUCGCUCCAGAGAAGCACCUCAGCGCGGGUCUUGGCGGGGCAGCCUCGAUUGAGGCGGCGCUCGCACAGGAGCGUCGGCAGCGUGAGCUGGGCAACAGCGACCGCAACUUGCCUUUCGCCGACUUAUCGAUGCCGCCUAUUGACUGGUCCCGGCCCCGCAAAGGUCGCACGAUUCAGGAGGAGUUUGUCCGCGAAGAGUACGAGAACCGCGAGAAGGAGAUGAAGCGCCGCAUCAGGGAGGGUCGGCCGAUGACGUUGGCGGAGCAGUUGCGGCUAGAGGCGCAACUGCAGGACCACGUAACCGGUGCAACGGCUGAAGAGCUGCAGACGGAGCGUGAUGAUGCGCUGCGGCAGGCGACGCUCAAGGCUGCACAGCGCGCCGAGAACCGCGGCGUCAAGCGCAACCGCUUUGAUCGCGAUUUGGAUCUGCAGGGUGGCACCGGUGGCGAACACCAUGGCCAGCGCGACCCUUUCCUGGAGGACGAUGAAGGAAGAGAGGAGGAGGAAGAAGGUGAGGGUGGAGAGGAGGACGAUGACCAGCGCAGUGAUUCCUUUGAGCGACAGCUGGCGGAGAUGUACGCCCGCAAUAACAGCGAUGACGCCGCGGAGCGCAAGAAGAUAAAGACAGAAACGGCUGCGACGUCACGGUACGACGGUUUAGCGGCGGCGCUGCGAGCACUGCUCACGCAGAUCCCGAUGAACGCCGAGGCCUUCGCGUCGGUCGACGGGACACUGAGUUUCUUAGGUAUGGACAACACUCCGGAUGACGUGGUGAAGACAGAGGUACCAAAGAUGCUGACCGAGGUGGCGGCAGAGUUGCCGACUGUCAACACGCAAAGAGUCCAGCAGGAGCUCUCUGCAUUGUUUCCAGAAGGCACGCACUGA